UAUGGAACAGGUGUUGAAGAAAGCAUCAAGAGAGUCUGCUUACUCAAGUAAGAAUUGCCCUGUGUGAUAUUGUCAGUUGAAGAUACACUUACUGAAUCCAAGAGGGGACAGCAUGCAACUCUGUAGUAACAAGAACUGCCUAUUUCCAUUUUGAUGUGAACCAGAUGACUUCAGAGACUACAAUUCAUUUCAACCAAGGGUCAGAAGAAACAAGCGAGAGCUAAAGGUCAAGCGGGCUAAAGAGGUAUCAAGGAAGGCUCCUAGGGAUCCCUAUGAACAGUCUAGUCUCUUCACACUUGCCAAAGAUGAAGUGGAUCAGUAUAAUACCAAUAUUUUUACAAAGAUAUCACAAGGUGGCUCAGUCAAAGAGGAAAUGGAAAUGUUCUCAUCAACCAAAAGUACAGAAAACUUUAUAUUCUCCAAAGAGGCUGAACGUCCUGUGGAUGACCUAGAUUCGUUGUGCCAGGUCUCUCAAGUCCUGCAAUAAAUAUUCGGUGGGCAGUGAGCUCCCAUUUUAGGACGUAUAAUAGUAUAACUAUUGUAUUUUAUGUAGGCAUUCUGUCUAAUUUU